UUUGCUUUCUUUUCCUGCAGCCUACUUACUCCUUCUCUGUCUCUGAUCCAUGGUAUCAUCAUCGUUCCUCCUAUUCCUCCUACUCUUAUCAUUAUUGUUUCUUCUCCUCCUCGUCUAGCUCUUACUCGUCUCCUUUCUACUCCUCCUCCUCCUCCUACUCUUACUCCUAUCAUCAUCAUUCCUCCUUCUCCUCCUACUCGUCUCCCUCCUACUUGUCUCCUUUCUACUCCUCCUCCUCCUUUUACUUUUACUCCUACUCCUAUCAUCAUCAUUCCUCACCCUACUCCUACUUCUACUUGUCUCCCUUCUUUGUCUCUGAUCCAUGGCAUCAUCAUUGUUUCUCCUUCUACUCCUAUCAUCAUCAUUCUUCUUCCUACUCCUACUUGUCUUCCUUCUCUGUCUUUGAUCAAUGGCAUUAUCAUCGUUUCUCCUCCUACUCCUACUUAUCUCACUUCUCUGAUCUAUGGCAUCAUCAUUGUUCUUUCCCCUGCUCUUCUCCCUCCUCCUACUCCUACUCAUCUUCCUUCUCUGAUCCAUGGCAUCAUCGUCCUUCCUACUUUUGUUACCGCUGCUGCUUUUCCUAUUCUUGCUACAGCUGCUACUCCGACUCUUGCUCCCACUGCUGCUACUUCUGCUACCGCUGCUGCUUGUUCUUUUCUUGCUAUUGCUGCUGCUCCUUUUACUCUUACGACCGCUGCUGCUUUUCAUACUCCUGCUACCACUGUUGCUUCCAUUCCUACUACCGCUACUACUACUGCUACUCCUACUCCUACUGCCACUGCUGCUUCUCCUACUCCUACUCCUGCUCCUACUCCUGCAUUUACUCCUGCUACCGCCGCUGCUUCUUCUCCUCCUCCUACCGUUGCUGCUUUUACUCCUACUACCGCUGCUACUGCUCUUGCUACUACUCCUACUACCACUCCUACUCCUACUCCUGCUACCACUGCUGCUUCUCCUACUCCUGCUCUUACUCCUGCUACCACUCAUGCUCCUACUCUUACUAUCGCUGCUGCUUCUCCUCCUCCUCCUUCUCCUAUUGUUGCUCCUACUCCUGCUACCACUCAUGCUCCUACUCUUGCUAUCUCUACUGCUUCUCCUCCUCCUCCCUCUACCGUUGCUGCUUUUACUCCUUCUACCAUUGCUGUUACUCCUACUUCUACUCCUACUACCACUGCUGCUUCUCCUACUCCUGCUCCUACUCCUGCUAUUACUCCUGCUACCACCGCUGCUUCUCCUCCUCCUCCUCCUACCGUUGCUGCUUUUACUCCUACUACUACUCCUGCUACCACUGUUGCUUCUCCUACUCCUGCUCCUACUCCUACUACCACUCAUGCUCCUACUCUUGCUAUCGCUGCUGCUUCUCCUCUUCCUCCUUCUACUGUUGCUGCUCCUACUCCUGCUACCACUCCUACUUCUUUUACUUCUGCUCCUACUCCUGCUACCACUGCUGCUUCUCCUACUGCUGCUGCUGUUAUUCCUACUCCUACUCAUACUCCUACCCCUCAUAUCAAUAGUAUCCAAAUUUGUCUCCCUUCUUUGAUCCACGACAGCAUUAUCGCUCCUCCUCAAUCCAUCCACCUCAUAAUUGGCUAAUCCAGUUAGUCUCUCAUGGUUGUUCUCUGAUCCAUGCUCCAAAUCAAUCGUAUCCAAAUUUGUCUCUCUUCUCUGAUCUAUGAUAUCAUCGUUGCUACUACUAUUGCUACUCCUACUCAUACUCCUGCUCCUCCUCAAAUCAAUCGUAUCA